UUUUCUCAUACCAACCAUCUGACUACAAACACAAAAUACAAAAUUGCCAAAACUUACAAAGCUCAUCUAAAUAUUGACCUGUUCAAUCCGCCUAAACUCGAUUAUUUAUUAGGUCAAUCCAUUUUGAUCAGCCCAAUUCAGUUGAUACAUAAAAGUUGAGUAGCCUACAUUGAUCCUUGAGAAACCUUGUCAAAAUACUAAUUAAACAAAUUAUUCAAAAACCAAACAAAGAAAUUAAAACUCGCUAAUAAUUGAGCUGAUUGAGAUACGACUCAUUAUUUAGCUUAUUUUAACCCAAUACAUUUCUAUCCAAGUAACCUGGGCGAGUCAUUUACUUGUCUAUUUAUUAGCUCAAUCAAUUCCAAUCCACCCAUUUGAAACCUCUUUGGACAACAACAGUAAAGUCAUUUCUACCAAAGGACUUGCAACUUACUUUGAAACUGUCAGCACCCAAAGUUCACAACUAAAUGAACAAAAAGGAAUCCUCUCCUUCAGUUUGAUUGAUCUUAUGUAUUGUUAUUUCAUUGACUAGUUUUAUCUACACACUUUUUGGCUGAAAUGAAUACACCAGGGCCACCUCCAACACAUUCAUCUCAGAAUAAGGUAGUUCUGAAGGCUGUUAUAGCUGCUGUUCUAACUACUUUGAUAGUUGCUGGCAUACUCUUUUACCUCUUCUACAGAUACUAUGUGAUUCGUCGAUGGAAGAAAAACAAGUUGAACUCAAGUUUUCGUCGAGAAGUGCCUCAUCAAGAAUUCCAGCAAGGUGGGGCUUUGAAAGGGUUGAUAGUUGAUGAGAAUGGAUUAGAUGUUAUAUAUUGGAGAAGAUUUGAAGGCAGACAGCUAGGAAGUUGUUUUUCUAAGGUUUGGGUGAAUCAUAUGGAUGAGGAGGAAGAGAAGAAGAUUGAUAGCGGCCGAGGGCAAUCUGUUUCAUCAAGUGAUCAUAUUCAUGAAAUUCCUUUACUGCAAAAUUGUAGCAAUGUAGAUAGCUAUGAGAAGAAAGAGGCAAUUACCGAAUCACAGCAGACAAUUAACUCACAUUCUGUAGAUAGCAGAUCCUCACCGCGACAGCCAUCAACCGCGUUACAGUUUCAACAGAAGGAAGUCAUUCCUCCAGAAGAAACACCGUCUCAACCAGCAGUUGUCUCGAGUCAGAGUCCGCCUCAGCCACCGAUACCUCCACCACCUCCUCCGCCUCCUCUUCCAGUGAAAAGGAUUACCAAAGCACCAACACCACCUAAUGCAGGAAAGAUAAAACCUUCUCCACCACCACCACCACCACCAAAGGGGGGUGGUUUAAGUUCACCGAUAAAACCACCUAUUGCACCAAGAGGGAAAGGGAGCAGGCAAGAGAAAGCAGAAGCUCAAAACGACGAUAAGUCGAAAGAUAAUUGUGAAAUUCAAGUCAAACUGAGGCCACUGCACUGGGAUAAAGUAGUUGCUAAUGCUGAUCAUUCUAUGGUCUGGGAUGAAAUCAACAAUGGAUCUUUCCGAUUUGAAGAUGAGCUUAUGGAAGUUCUCUUUGGAUACAACGCCACUUCCAAGAGAACCCCACAAGGAAAUAAUAGCGCAACAACAAGCUCAGGAUCUUCUAAGUUGGCUCAACCAACUCAGAUGUUUAUUCUCGAUCCGAGGAAGUCACAGAACACAGCAAUUGUGCUAAAGUCUCUUUCGAUAUCUCGCAAAGAAAUCCUUGAUGCCCUGCAGGAGGGCCAAGGACUCAGUGUUGAUACUCUUGAAAAACUAACCAAGAUUCACCCAACUGAAGAAGAAAUGUUAAAAAUCCUCCAAUUUGAUGGUAACAUAAGAAAACUUGCUGACGCGGAGUCUUUCCUCUACCAAAUGCUGAAAGCUUUUCCUUCUGCAUUUAAACGUUUCAACGCGAUGCUUUUCAGAUCAAGCUAUGAUCUGGAAAUUCUUAACCUCAAGGAGAAUCUGCAAACAAUUGAGCUGAGUUGUAAGGAACUGAGAACAAGUAGAAUUUUCUUAAGACUUCUGGAAGCAAUUCUUAAGGCUGGCAAUCGGAUGAAUGCAGGAACAGCAAGAGGAAAUGCUCAGGGAUUCAACCUUACUGCUUUACAAAAACUAUCAUAUGUGAAGAGCAACGAUGGAAAGACUACUCUGCUUCAUUUUGUAGUUGAACAAGUCAUCUGUUCUGAAGGUAAACGUUGCCUAAUCAAUAAAGGUAGCGAGGAAGAUAAUGAAGAUUCUGACAGAAAGAAAGAAAAAGUAGAUAAAGAUACACAGCACCUAAUGCUAGGUUUACCAGUAUUGCAAGGAUUAGGUCUCGAAUUCUCUAAUGUGAAAAAAGCAGCUACCAUAGACUACGAUAGUUUCAUUAAUACAUGUCCCAAUCUUACAACGCGGGUAAAUGAUGUUCGGCAGCUCAUAACCUGUUGUGGAAAUGCUGAAAGGGACCAAUUUGUAAGAGAGACUAAAGGGUUUCUGGAGGAAUGUGAAGAGGAACUCAAGGUGAUCAGAGAAGAACAAACAAGAGUCAUGGAACUAGUGAAGAGAACGACGGAGUAUUACCAAGCAGGAUCUUCGAAGAACACACAGUCACUUCAGUUGUUUGCCAUUGUAAAAGACUUCCUCGACAUGGUUGACAAGGUGUGUGUUGAUAUCACAAAGAAAGUACAGAAGAAGAAUGCAUCGAGCAUAGAGUCAUCACCGCCCCGAUUACCAACACCAAGAGCUCCUGUGAGGUUCCAUAACUUGAAAACAUACUUUACACCAGAAAUUGUAAGUAGUGAAUCUGAGAAUGAGUUCUGAUGAAACUCCAUUACUCUUAUAAUUUCUAAUUAGAAGAUUGUCAAAAGUACUGAUUUUUACAUUCUUCAUAUUAGAAAUAUCACAGCAAUAUGUUGGUCCACCCCGCUCCUUCUCGGAAAGAUAAUGAACUAUCUUACCUCAAGCCAGAUAAGAGGCUUUUUAUUCCAUGCUGUUCAGGCAUUAGGAUCAGGUGAAGAGCAAUGUUCUCUAUAAUGAUUCUUCCCAACUUCAGGGACACUGAUGAAGACUGGAAUUUUGGACUUCAAUAAAAGUCGUACUAUGAAUUAAGGAUGGGACUUAAAGGUCCCUUUGGAUACUACAUCAGAUCAUCAGUGAAAGAUUGAACAUAUAUAUAGCGAAGAAUUGAUUUGAAAAAUACAAUUUAGAAGUUUGGACUACAGAUAACUGUGAUUUCAUUAGUCAUUUCCAGUAGCUUUUUGGUUCAUUCCAUCCCCCUUUUACUUGUUAAUUAACCCAGCAAAAUGGGUCUGGAAAAUCAAAUAGAUGGCUGACGAGCACUCCUAGCUUGGCUAAAAGUGUUUUUUGCAUUUUUUUUUUUCUGAUUUUCUCAACCAAACAUCAUUUGAGAAUUUUUUUUUCAAUCUUGGGAUGGAAUAAUAUUUCUUUUUCUAAAUUUACAAGAACGAGA